AAACGACAGGUCUUGUGCAAGAAAACAGUAUAUAUAGAUGUGAAUGGUUAGAUGAAUUACAAUAGCUACAUCAGUCGGCCUUCUCUCUCUCUCUCGAUCAAGGCUCUCUGCGUACUACAAUGACCGGUCUCUCUCUCCUCCUCUCCCUCUCGCUCCUUUCUCUCUUCCUCUCGCCGGCUCUCUGCCUCACCUGCACGUCCCAAAAAUUCACCAACAAGGUCUAUGCCAACUGCAUCGACCUCCCACGGCUUGGCGCCUACCUCCACUACACCUACAACGCCUCCAACUCCUCCCUUGCCAUUGCAUACCUCGCUGCUCCGGCCUCCUACGGCAAAUGGGUCGCCUGGGCCAUCAAUCCUGUUAGCACUGGCAUGAUUGGCGCUCAAGCCCUAAUGGCGCUCAGGCUCGAUAACGGCUCCCUCGUUGCCAAGACCUACAACUGCAGUAGUUACAUCGCGAUCACGGAGUCCAAGCUAUCGUUUGAGGUGUGGGACCUGAGUGCCGAUGAGGCAAACGGGAAGAUGAGGGUCUUCGCAUCGGUCAAGGUGCCGAAGGACGCUACGAGCGUUAACCAAGUCUGGAAUGUAGGCGGUGCGGUCAUCGGUAACCAACCGCAAGUUCACUCGUUGUCCGCAGCCAACAGGGAGUCGAAGGGGAAGCUCACGCUGGUCUCAUCACGGAACGGUGGCGGCAUUGGCACCGCAACUGCACCUGCUCCUGGACCUAGCAAUGGCGGAUGGAGGGUGGAUAGAAAUGAUGCGGGUUUCUUCAUUAGUCUAAUUUUGUUUAUUGGUGUUACUAUGGUGUAGUCAUUGACUACAUCUGGAUUUUCUACAACCUUAGAGAUUUAAAUUUCACUAUA